AAUAACAUGAAGAUACCUUAAAUUAAUAUGUAAUAGACUGGCGUACAACAUGCACACUAUAGCUGGAUCUCUAUAUGAAUGUUGUAAGAAUAUGAAUUAUUAUGGGCAAAGUAAAUAGCCCGUAAACAAAAUUAGGUCACUGUAUGAAAUAGUAAUAUAGACACGUGGGCGGAAGUCAGCAACGUCAUCAAAACAGUGAAGAUAGGAGGAGGGAAAGCAGCCCGUCAGUGGAUGUGACACGCUUACAAAUACAUAGAAAACAACCCAGCAAGCAGCAGGAAAUCAUGAUCCGGCUCCAGCUCCGUGUUUAGUGUGCUUGAAUCAACUGGACGCCGGAGUUUUGUAAUAUUUCUCUCCCUUCCCGAGUCCUCGGAGGCAGCAGCACCAUGGUGAAGCAGUCGGACCGAGCCCCGCUGCUGGACUGGGAGGAGAUCCCACCGCCCGAUCCGAACCAGGCGGCCCAGCCGCCGCCUGCGCCGCCGCGGGAGGAAGACGCACCGCCCGAGAAAAGUUCGCAUCCAGCUGGGCGGCGCACACCGACGGGCACCGCGGCUGGUACUGGGUGGAGCAGCAACAACAGCGGCACCGCCGCUACUACCACCAUUACCUGCAGCCCGACGAGGAGUGUCACAGCUGUUGUUGCCAGCGGGGACAGAAGCCCGGGCCGUCCGCGAACAGAGCUCUCUGAGCACGGGUGGGAUCGCCCGGAGCCUCUGGGUACAGAUCGUCAUGUUCCCUUCCCCGGCCUCUCGGUGAGGGAUCAGUGGGAGGAAAAAGAUCAGAUCGUGGCUGUGUUUGUGGUUACCUUUGAUACAAGAUCAGGGAAUAUGGUAGAGUGGUGUCUGCCUCACGACAUCAACCUAGACGGAGUUGAAUUCAAGUCAAUAGCCAGUGGUUCCCACCGGAUCACCAACGACUUCAUAUAUUUCCGUAAAGGCAGUUACUUCGGGCUGGCCUGUUUUGCUAACAUGCCUGUGGAGAGUCAGCUGGAGCGAGGAGCGAGGAUGAAGUCUGUGGGAAUACUGUCUCCCUCCUACACUCUGCUUUACCGCUACAUGCACUUCCUGGAGAACCAAGUCAGACACCAGUUGCAAUGUCCAGGCCAGUACUCUCCACUGGAGGCCUUCUAUGAGGAUAAGAAGGCUGUCCUUCCCCCUGCUGGAAAUGGUCUGGUCACCGCUUGCCCAACCUGGAGUGUUACCACCAUCAACCGCUGUAUGCACCCAGAAAUGAAGAUCACCCACCCAGCUGGCUGCAUGUCCCAGUUCAUCCAGUUCUUCGGGGAGCAGAUAAUGGUGCUGUGGAAGUUUGCCCUGCUUAGGAAACGUCUCCUCAUCUUCUCCCCUCCACCUGUGGGUGUGGUCUGCUACAGGGUGUAUUGCUGCUGCUGCCUGGCCAACGUCUCUUUACCUGGAAUUGGUGUCUCUGUGCCUGAAUUACGGCCUUUCUUCUACAUCAACAUAGCCGACAUUACUACCCUGGAAACAGAGAUGUCAUACGUGGCCUGCACCACGGAGAAGAUUUUUGAGGAGAAGAAGGAGCUGUACGACAUCUACAUUGAUAACCAGAAUGUGAAAACGCACAGAAGCCAUUUGCAGCCACUGCUCCGACUGAAUGCAGCCGAUAAGGAGAAGUACAGGAAACUGAGCGAACAGAGGCAAAUGUUGCUGUACUCUCAGGAGGUGGAUGGAGACUGCACGUCAAACGAAGAGGAUCUUUUCAUUCUCUUCUUCAUGGAGCUGAAUAACCGCAUCUUCCAGACCCUGUCAGACGUAGCAGGGAGCACUGAUCCCACCCUCACCACUGAGCACGUGAGAGCCAUGGGGCUGGAUCCCCAGGGCGAUCGCUCCUUCCUGGUCGACCUGCUGGAAGUGUACGGUAUUGACGUCACGCUGGUCAUAGACAACCUCUGCUGCCCCUGAGCCCCCUCAGCCUGGGAAACUCAGAACGCCACUGGAUAUCUGUGCCUUCAAGGCACACACACACACCAAGACACUGAAGACACUGCCUCAACCCUGACUUCCAUAUGUUGCCUGCUGUCCCCUCCUGGGUGUCGUUUUUUUCCUCCCUCUGCGUGUGUCUCAUCUGACCUGUGGAGACUGUUUCCAACCAGUGUGGAUGAUAAGGACACUUGGUGCACUGGUCCACAGUGGCUGAUAGACAGUGCCGUUUGGCAGCAGUGUGCUCUUAUAGACAUUCACAUCUUAUGUCACUCAGUACUGUUUUGUUUUUUUUUGUCAGAAAAUAUUUGUUUGCUCGUGUGCUCUUCUUUGACUCUGAUUCCGGCUUAAGGGGCCAGGGCUGAAGCACUGGAUAAAGAUAUAAAAGUCUUUAUUAGGUCUGAUCAUCACAGCAGGAUGAAUGGUUGUUCUCCACUGCACCAAUCACAACGAAGAAGUCAUUGAAACAUUCACACUCCUGCAGCUUUGGUGUCCACUUAUGGUUUGUCUGAAGAAAAGAUUCAAGUUUUUACUGCUGGAGAUGAAUUUGUGUGCUUCAAAUACAUUUUGUAGGAGAUUCUAGCUGUCAUAAUGUUCAACAAAUGUAAACAGUACCAUACUUGGAUGAUUGUUUCUUGUUCUGAUACAGCUACUUUGGGAAUUAGUAAAUCAAAUGCUUUUUGACCACUUUAUUCGCCUUCAAAAAGGAAGCAAUAGGAGUCUGUGUAGUAGUUGAAAUUAUCAACCUUCUUCACGUAAAUGCUUUCCCCCCCAUUUUUACUAUUUCUUCACAACUGAAAGAAAUAUGUUUGUUAGUGAGUGUGAUAUCCUCUUUUUAUAACCGGGAUGGUUUAUUAUUACAAAGCUGACUGUGAAGGAAAAGGCUAUUUCCUAUACUAAUACUUAUCUUACUUUUUAUGCACCUUCAACACGAGGUAGAUCUGAUAAUGUCGCUGUGUUUGAUCACAAGUGACGGAGGCGUUCCGGCAACUGUUUGUCGUGUUACAUGUUUUACCUUCAUAUGUCGUGAUCAGCUGAGGUCUUUGAAUUGUCAAUGAAUGUGACUCUAUAACACUAACUUAUCAUCAAUGCUGCACCCUGUCCACCACUGGACUAUUUCCUGAUGCACACAGUGAUCUUGCUUAACUGUACCUUUUUUUUUUUUUUUUUUUUUUUUUUUAAUGCUAUGUUUAUGACUUACAGUCUGAGACAGUGGUUAUGGAGUGGAGGGGCUUUGUGUGUGUGUGUGUGUGUGUUGUACUGUAUACAGGCUUUCAUUGUUUUCUUUUUUUCUACUCAAACCAGAGGCUGGUUCAUCAGCGGAAGCCGAUAUAUUUUCUGUGAUGCUGUUGAAUGAGGAGUCCUUGAUGGGGCCAUUUGUAGUUUACUUGUUGAUCAGCUUCAAAGAGAUUCUCUCUGCUUGUCUGUGUCCUUGACAAAGAUCUCUUUGUGUUUUUGGAGAUGUGCUGUCGGCCACAGUGAGGGCUGAGCAGAAGAUUUAAUUCCUCUUCUACAGGCAGAUUCACUGAGACCCCCCUCCCCCUUCUGUUCCAGCUGAAGGUUUCUCUGUCUUUUCAUCACAGUCCCAUUGAGUGAAUCCAGCUCUAGAGAUGGGCCAACUGUGUCUUUUGAAUUAUCUUGGCAGACUGGUUUAGCUAAUCCACCACGCUGCCAAUGAGAGUGAUAAUUUGUUCCAUGUUGGAACACAUGUGGCUGAUGCUCGCCUCGUUUAAAUUUGGAGUAGUGAUUCUCAACCUUCUCAUAGCUAAAACAACAAACCAUUUUUAAACAUGUCUUUCUAACUCACUGGUCUACAAAUAUUAAUUUUAUUUCAGUCACAUCUAGAAAUGUAUCUUUUGGGGGCUGAUCCCCAAGCUGAGAACUGCUGUAUAAUAGCCUGUACUGUUUUGAUAUCCCCUCCAAGAAAAGUGCAUUUCAAAGAGAAGGGAACUUUGUUUGAGCUUUGUUAUUAAAAAGGGGCCUUAAGGAAAUGUGAUUUUUCUCAAACUUACUAGAGCAAAGUGGCCGCCUCAUUUCUGUGCGUCAACAGUAUUUGCGGAAAGAUUAAGUACAUUGUCCUUAACACUUCUGAAUGAUCUUACUGUCUCCAGUGAAACCUGUUGACUCUGACUGGUCUAUUUACUUGUCAGCAGAUGCGUAAUGCCUCUGUCUUGCCUCUGACGGUGUUUGCUUUACAGAUGUAUGUUCAAUGUGAAAGGGAAUGUACACAACACACACCACUGUAUAAAAUGCCUUCUUUGUGGAGCUGUUCACAUUUGUGUACCAGCAUUAGCUAAAUGAGUGGUUUGUACAGCGUGUCACUCUACUGAAUGUCAAAGGCAGCAAAAGUAUUGCACACGUGUAGCAACGCAUCCAAGUAAUGUUUUCUUCUUGAUUGUAAUGUAAAUCAAGAGUAUUCACAGAAUAACAUAAGUCUUCACCUUUACUAAUGUGAAACACUGUAAGAGAUGUCAGUAAUGUACACAUGAACUCAAUAGCAUGAGCAACUGUUAAUUUCACUGUACUGCCAUUGUAAAACAAUAAAACAUUCAUACAGUUUA